GCCUCCCACGCCCAGGGCAGGAGACCUCAGGAGGAAAAUACAUCCUGUGUCCCAGGCUCCUCCAGAGGCAGGCACACUGGAAGGGCACGACCAUGUGCGAGCUGUAUAGCAAACCGGACACCCUGGCGCUGCGGGGCAAGCACAUCGGGCCCUCUUGCAAGGUUUUCUUUGCUGCGGAUCCCAUCAAAAUAAUGCGAGCCCAGGGGCAGUACAUGUUUGACGAGAAAGGCCAAAGGUACUUGGACUGCAUCAACAACGUGGCUCACGUGGGACACUGCCACCCAGAAGUGGUCAAAGCCGCGGCGAAACAGAUGGAACUACUCAACACGAAUUCUCGCUUCCUCCACGACAACAUCGUGGAGUACGCCAAGCGCCUUACAGCCACCCUGCCGCAGACGCUCUCUGUUUGCUACUUUACAAAUUCGGGAUCUGAAGCCAAUGACUUAGCCUUACGCCUGGCACGGCAGUUCCGAGGCCACCAGGAUGUGAUCACUCUUGACCAUGCUUACCAUGGUCACCUGACAUCGUUAAUUGAGAUCAGUCCCUAUAAGUUUCAGAAGGGCAAAGAUGUCAAGAAGGAAUUUGUACAUGUGGCACCAACUCCAGAUACUUACAGAGGGAAAUACAGAGAGGACCACGAAGACGCAGCCACAGCCUAUGCAGAUGAAGUGAAGAAAAUCAUCGAAGAGGCUCAGAGCAGAGGAAGGAAGAUUGCCGCCUUUAUUGCUGAAUCCAUGCAGAGUUGCGGUGGACAAAUUAUUCCUCCCGCGGGCUACUUCCAGAAAGUGGCUGAACAUGUUCGCAGGGCAGGGGGCGUGUUUAUCGCGGAUGAAGUUCAAGUAGGCUUUGGCAGAGCUGGGAGGCAUUUCUGGAGCUUCCAAACGCAUGGCGAAGACUUCAUUCCAGACAUCGUCACCAUGGGGAAACCUAUGGGCAACGGUCACCCCAUGGCCUGUGUGGUGACAACCAAAGAAAUUGCAGAGACCUUCAGCAGCACUGGCGUAGAGUAUUUCAAUACAUAUGGAGGAAACCCAGUGUCUUGUGCUGUUGGGUUAGCUGUGCUGGACGUAAUUGAGAGAGAAAACCUUCAGGGAAAUGCUGUACGAGUGGGGAAUUACCUCAAGGAGCUACUGGAAGCACAGAAAGCUAAGCACCCUUUGAUAGGGGAUAUCAGAGGUGUUGGCCUUUUUAUUGGCAUUGAUCUGGUGAAGGACCAUGAGAAAAGGACGCCUGCAACAGCCGAAGCGCAGCACGUCAUUUAUAAGAUGAAGGAGAAAGGGGUGCUUCUCAGUGCCGAUGGCCCCCACAGGAAUGUGCUCAAAAUCAAGCCACCCAUGUGCUUUACAGAAGAAGAUGCAAAGUUCAUGGUGGACCACCUUGAUGGUAUCUUAACAGACUUAGAAGAAGUCACAGAAACCAAGAGUGACGGGGUGAUCUCUGAGAAUGUAGUUUGCAGAACAAAGGAAGUCCACGUGGAACAGCCCAAUCAUGGCGCCACCGAGUCCAGGGAAAACCACAGCAGAAAGAGAAACGGUGUAUGCUCAGAUCAGCACACGCUGCUCAGCAAAAGACUCAAGACGUGAAGGAUGAGCAGUAAACGGCAGAUAAACAUCUAUGGAUAAAGAGAGCGAGAGGAUGCACCUCAUCUCUUAGUCAUCCUUAGAGUUUUCAGUCUGCUAAACUACAUCAACAUGAUUAGUUCAACCUCUGGACUGUUGAUUCCUUACCUGCAAUUCUAGAAGUAUUUGUUCUCCUCAAACUGAAUUUUCAAAUGCAGAACUCAACUGAAUGCUGCAUUUCUCUUGUCUUAAUGUUUGAAAUUAGAGAAACAAGUCAAGUAGAUUCCUUAAAUUCAGAGAAUUGGUACAUUAAAGUAUUUUAACAUGAGAAAUACUCUAAAUUGGUUAAUAUAUAAAAUAUAUGGAUUUUAAUCAAAUAAAAGAUGAUAUAAACAAAGAUGAUGACUAUAAAAUGCAGCGAGCAGUACAGAUCAGAGCGGUGAAAUCAAAGUCAUUCCAAAAGGAACCACAGAGCGCAGAGGAAAAGGUCAGUGGUCCCCGAGAAACCUGGUCACUGGCCACCCUGGGGAAACUGAAAUGGACACAUGAAGUCUAAGUUACUCUAAAUGAAAAUCAAAAUAAACAGUUGACUAACUCGAAGGAAGCAAUGCCUUCUAGAUACAAUACACAUAUGGGACCAAUACACAUGUGAGCUCAUAAAGACUGUAGCAACAUGUGUACCAGACCUGCUCAGCUUCAAGCCAGUCAGGGUCCACUGAGAGGGAGGUAGACACAGGGUCACACCCCUAACCAAGAAGCUAUCUGCACUUGAUAGCCACUGGCAAAGGGAAAGUGUCAUCGGGUGUAUUAAUCACAGCCCAGGGAGGCCCAUGCCCUGGAGCAGCUGGCCAACACAGAAUGAACUCAUCUUGUGGUAUUUUUUUUUUAGACCCUUUUGUUCCAUUUUGCUUUGUUUGGGCUUUCUUCCUUAUUGGUCUUUUGCUUGCUUAUUUUAAUUUUCAUCUUUUUGGUUGUUUGUUCUGUUUUGUUUUUUCGAGACAGGGUUUUUCUGUAGCUUUUGGAGUCUGUCCUGAAACUCACUAUGUAGACCAGGCUGGCCUCAAACUUACAGAGAUCUGCCUGCCUCUGCCUUCCAAGUCCUAAAAUUAAAGGUG